AAGGCUUGAGCAACGUCGGAGAAGGGAAGGGCGUGGGCCGCGGAGAGGCAAGAGCUCUGCAGAGCAGCACACCCCACAGUUCUCUGCCGCUCCCAAGUCCCAGCGAACGGUUCUCUGCUCCGCUCCAAAAUGGCAAAGAUCUCUAGCCCCACGGAGACCGAGCGGUGCAUCGAGUCCCUGAUUGCCGUUUUCCAGAAGUACGCUGGACAGGAUGGUAAAAACCUUACCCUCUCCAAGAGGGAGUUCCUGAACUUCAUGAAUACAGAACUGGCUGCCUUCACAAAGAACCAGAAGGACCCUGGUGUCCUUGACCGCAUGAUGAAGAAACUGGACCUCAACUCUGAUGGGCAGCUAGAUUUCCAGGAAUUUCUUAAUCUUAUCGGCGGCCUUGCUCAGGCUUGCCAUGACUCCUUCAUGAGACGUCCCCACUAGCAAACCUGAGGGGCCCUUGAGCUUGGCCUCCAAGCCCAACCCCCUUCCUUCCAGUCCCAGUCACCAUCUACAGCUCGAAGCCUACACACAUCCUGAGCCCAGCACAUCUGCCACCCCAUGCAGGCCACUCCUGCUGGCAGUAAUAAAAUAAUAUGGUUUUUUAAAACACA